AUGAACAAGCUGAAGGCCUUUAAAAAAGCUAUCCAGGACGUCCGAGAGGGCAACGAAACCGCUUUAGAGGCAAGCAAAAAGGAACUCGUUUCCAUUCCCGAGCUGCCUGAACUAGGUUUGCAUAUUUGACACUUAUUUACUCAUGUGUAAAUUAGCAACCCUCCAGUUUCUGAAGUCGCUGACUCUCUCCCACAACAAAAUUCCAGGUAUACUACAGCGGAUUCGUAAUACUAACAUCCAGAAAUUCCCCACGAGAUCGCUUCUCUUCAGUACUUGGAGCAUCUUAAUCUUUUUAAUAAUUGCAUAUCGGUGGGUGGCCCAACCCAGCAUAUAAUUCAUAUUUUUGAAAGAAUAUAACUCCAAAAGUGUGUGAGCUCAGAAAUUUACGUUCGCUCAUACUCGGUCUGAACAAAAUAAAUACCCUGCCACGCGGUUUUGGAGCUUUUCCUGCGCUAGAAGUUCUGGAUCUCACCUACAACAAUUUGAACGAAAACAGCUUACCUGAUAACUUUUUCAACCUUGGAACUUUGCGGGCGUUGUACCUAUCGGAUAAUGAUUUUGAAAAAUUGCCACCAGGGAUUGGAAACCUGGCAAAUCUCGAAAUCGUAAGUCGUAAAUUUUGCUAACAAACAGCUUGCAUUGCGCGACAAUGACCUUCUUUUCUUGCCUCCUGAGAUAGGGAAACUUACGCAUCUAAAGGAGCUACAUUUGCAAGGCAACAGACUCCGCGUUUUACCACCAGAACUAGGUAACGUUUUUUAUUUUAAGCUUGUUGGUGAAAGUUAUUCUUCAAUACCUUGUGAAAACCUGGUAAUCUUUUAUCGUAAACGUUUGGAUAUUUAUGUUCAUGCUUCAUUUGUGAGCGUUCGACUCCUAGGAAGUCCACUCCAAAUUACGUUUCUCCAGUUUGCUCUUAGUUUUUUUUAAUACUUCAUUAUCCCCUUUCGAAGAUAACUUUGUAUAGAAUGUUCCGAAUUGUACCUUGUUUUUACAAAGUACUAUUUAAUGCAACGCUCCCUUACAUAGCUCUUUGCUUUUUUUGUCGUUCAUGGGCUGAAUGACUGUUAAUUUUGGGUGAGGUCACUAUCUGAUUGCAUUAUAUGGCAGUCCCCAAAUGGUCCUGUCGAUUUUGCACGUUUAAAUAAGUAUUUAUGAUCAAGUGCGGGGUUCUUUUGGCGAGUCUUCGCGGUUUUCUGAGUUCAGGCCCUGACGGCGUGUUUCUUUAGAUCAUUCAUUUGACUGCCAGGCGAACAUUCGCACCACAUGUAAAGGCGGUCUGAUUGCGCUGCGUGAGGUUUUCUAGCUAUUGGUUGCGCGUCACUGUCAAAUGGAUGAAAUAUGCUGUUCCCUCAGCAGCCAAACCCGCACUUUUUCUGAACGGUCCCGUACAGUUUAAAAGCUUCGUUCCGACCGCAUGCAGCCACGCUAAAUAACUUGAAUUGCACUAGAACCCAUGUUAUUUGUAUCGACAGCGGGCAUUAUCGUGUUUUCAUCGCUUGAAUGCUGUUGGAACAGCUGUCAGGGGAUCCUAUACAGUUUGCGGAUCCUAUAUUGCUUCACUCACCAGAAAAACAAGUUCGCUGCACCCGAUGGAGUACCAGAAAACCUCCCCUCUCCCAGUGCAUCCUUGUUUGCCGAAUUUUAUAAAAACUGGAAUAAACGGCCUUUCUGCACACCAAUGGUUGCUCGAUACGCUUUUAGUGUUAUUUAUCUAGGUUUCGAAGCAGAUCUGUAGACCUUAAAGGGCUCCCUUUCGAAGGAUAAACUUAGAUAAUCCAGCUUACUAUAGUCGCAGCUUGUCUCAAAGUCACUGCCGGCAGCUCCUAGGAAAGCCGUUGAUCAAGCAUUCGAAUUAAGCUCAUCUGGAUACGUACACCACAUGGCAUGGAACCUGCUUUUUCCACGUGUUUUUGUCUCUAGUAAUUAGUCAGUUUGUACGGCCUGCGACAUGUGCGGGUCCUAAAUUCACCACGAUUUUCGCGUGUGUCGUGCCCAUUCCUACAGACUGCGGCCGUGCGUUUCCUCUAUGUCCAGGUGACUUUGGAGGCAAGCGUAUAGGUUAUCACAGAGCUCCGUGGUGUCCACUGUACUGUGAUACGUUGUGACCCUCUUAAUCAGGUAGUCCUUCCAAGACACCUGACGACUUGGUGGCACCACCCUUCGAUCCCGUCGGCUGUCAACGGUCUAAUGGCAACACCAAAACUGCCGGACAUCGCCUUAACAAUUACAUCCCAGUGGGCCCGCAUCUAACAUAUUUGACGGUUAAAACGCCAAAUAAAUAACCUCUAUGGUGAAUCUGACGAAGCCACUGGCCCUAUUGCUCAGGUUCGUGUGUCGAUCGAACAGUUAAUCGCUACGCGAGCUUCACGGACGCAGUACGAACCAAGAACGGCACCCAUGUAGCGGUCGCAUUCUUGCGCCAAACUGUGUAAGCCUACUUACUUCUACAAAGGAAACGGUGGCGUCUAACUUACAGUGUCACUUUUUAGUGUAGGCUCUUCUGGUCACGAAGAGUAUAUGCUAAACAGAAAACCGCAGUAAUUUGUCACUUGUAUCAAUAAUACGAACAUACCAAUCCACUAAAGCUUUGCUGUAGGCGAGACGGACUAAUCCGAACUUGACGCCCACUCGGUAUAUUAACAUCGGAGUGCAUAAUGCUGUCGGACAAGUAUUCGCAAAAAUCUUUUUUUGUUAGAGUCGAGCCAAUGUCCAGAAACCUAUAGUAAACCUCUGCAAGCACUGUUUCUGGAUGCUCUUGUUGACGGCCGCGGUGGGGCCAGGUAAUUGUUCUCGAAGGACACCGUUUGCUACACUGCUGUCCAGCAAUAACAGGAUAAAAAUUAUCGAUCCCAUGUUAUCUAGGCAAUCGAUCUAUUUAUCUUGAUCUAAAGAGCUUACUAAAGUUCUUGAAUUUUUUUAGGAAACCUGAACUUUAGUGGCACCGCGCACGUUGUCAAACUUACAGGAAACUAUUGGGUUUCACCCAUCGAGGACCAGCUCCAAGUAGGAAUCUCGCACGUAUUCGACUACAUUCGAUCAGAGACAUACCGAUUGUAAGUUUGCCAGUUGCUUUGGAAGCAUACCAUUAUUGAAUUUCCAGUCUCACUUACUACAAAAAGCAUGAAGAGCAACUUUUGGUCUUCACCAAUGACCGUCAUUAGUUUCAGUCGUUCCAGACCAGGCUUACCCGUCGGUCCAGCUGCUAUCCACUCGGCAUGUGCACGAAUUGCGGAUAGAGGAGCGGCAAUUAGCUGAAGUUAGCUGCAAAAUAAGCAGGCCCUCAGAUUUAACGAGUGACAGUUUGAACGUCGAUUCCGACGGUGUCCACCGUGUGUUUCCAAGCAGGGUGGCUCAGGAACGGUGACUAGUGCGUGAAUUACUUUGUAGUGAUAUUGGACUUGCCCAACAUCUACCACACACUCUUCCCUCAACUACCGGAGGCCGGGGUCAAGAAAACCGGAGGCGGGGUCAGGCGCACGUGGUUGGCGCGGUGCGAACCUGCGCUAAGGCUUGCCAUCACACUCCCAUUUGUGGCGUUUGUUAUGGGUGCACAUCCCCAAUAAGGCCUGCCCUUCCCUAAUCUGGCCCCCGUGUUGGUUCGUUACAACGUGGCCCGUUGUAGGGGUAGUAGAUUUGACGAAAAAACAGUCUCAGACAAGCAGCGACGGUGCUAUCCGAGCACGGAGGGCUGAACUUUUGCAAACCGCCACAAAGCCCGGUAGCGGCACUGUGACAUGGCGACCAGUAGUCGCCAUUAAAUUGACUUAUGUCCGCCGCCCGAGUGCCUAGGUUAGUCAGUAUAAACGUUAGAUGAGACAUCCCUGGACAAAAAGUGAGCCACUACUGGGAAUGCGCCUGCAUUCUAAAUUUACAGGAAACCUCAUGAACAUGUCCGAUUUAAGUAUUCCGAUCCAUCGUGCGCACCGCAACUAAUUCGGUGGUACAGACGAAUAGUAUACGACCUAAACGACUUAGCCUGGAGCGGACCCUUGAUAUUGUAUGACGGGAUGUGCAAACGUUCUCUGUUUCUAACACCCAGAGUCUGACGGCCGGCUGUCCUCACCAGUGCAAAUGGAUGCGUGCUGCCUGUCUAGAAUCCGAGCCCCUACUGAGAUUUUACGAUAAACCAAGAUCCCGGGGGCCAACUCUCAUCUCACUUUAUGCCAUAGCGUUCCGCAGAGACCUUGAGUUUGAUGUAUUCAGUAGUUAGCGCCGGUUUGUGCACGAAAAUCGCCCCUUUUGUCUUAAUUGUUGGUCGGAAAUCAGCGCAUCUUAAGACGAAAAGCCCCAUAUCUUGGCUUUCAAAGUUCCUAUGGUUGUUUGGGUUUGACAAGUUUUGAACAGUCCCCUGCGAACCGGAUACAUAACGUCGGUUAGUGCCGAAUCGAUCUCUCGCAGGUGUCCGUGAACGAUUGGGACGAGGACGUAGUCCUGCUUUACUUCAAUUUUCAUCGCGGAGACCUCUGAUAUGGAUAAUUUGCUUGUCAAGCCUCUCUUCGUGCAGUCAUGAAGUUGCUUAACCAUCGGCUCGUACCUUUCGAAAUAUAAGAUCUGUUGCAUCGUUUUGAUUUUUUUCCUACAGAAAUGACAGGCGACCAAGAUCGGCAUUGUGUUCUACAUGCAGGAGUUUAUUGGCAGCACCUCGUUAAUUUUAGAUGGGCGGUUGGAAGACGCCUAAGGUGCCUGACCCAGCGCUCUACAAUUUUGUCAGUACUUCCGUUACACCUGAGUUGAGCAGCCGCGUAGUUCCGGUAGAUUGAAAGCCGUAGACAACCCCGAUUACGAUCACGGAUCCUAACUCAUUGCAGCAGACCAGAUGAAAGAGCUCGUGAGGCCCGUUAUCUCCUCGACAAUUUUGUUCAAAAUGGCUAUCUGAGGGCAUUCAUAAGUCGCUGCCUGCGCGGUCGCCCCAGAGGACUCAAACAUCGACACCAUCAACGAUAUAUCAUUCUCCGCCAUACAUCAAAGACGUUUCAGAAGCGACCGAGCACAUUGCUGCGGAGCUAGGUGUUAGAAUUGCACACCGCCCCAAAGCCACUAUGCACAAUAGGGUCUUGAAAAUUAAAGACCGGUUAAAGUCUGAUAGGCAGUCCGGAGUAGCGUAUCGCAUCCCGUGUCAAAGCUGCCCUUGUAACUACAUAGGCCAGACUGUACGCAUGCUCGGGUCGCGCAUACACGAACAUAAACUGGGUGUGCGACGAGGCGGCGCACUAUCACAAGUGACCGCCCACAUCUACGAAAUGGUUCACGAGUUUAACUUCACAGCCGCAAAGAUAGUCGCCCACGCCGGAAACAAAACAGGCCGGGGAUUUGUUGUAGUCUGGGCCUCGGAUGAGACUCAGCCAAUCGACCUAUCGACCUGGCGCCAGCGUAUAGAGCCCUGCGCAGUCACCUCCAGCCUUGCGCCGUCGGUCGAUGACUGGCCCACAUGUCCUAUAACUGUCGCUUGUUCUGUUGCUGUUACUACCUUUGACGAUUUCGAAAGCUCAGGACAAUAAACAAAAUGUUCCGGUGCUCGACCCCUCUUCUUCUUCUUCUUCACAGUAUUUAACCUUGUGGUUGCCGACAGUGGCAGCCAAAGCAUCAUUUUCACUGUGACAAGGCGGACGUUCAUCGAUCAGUCAGUACCACACAUCCCUUGGUCACCAGCUCAUCACGUUGAUCAAGCCUCCGAACGAGGACGUAGUCUGGAAGCCACAACUGACACAAGUGACAGCGCAUACGCGUCAGCGUUUCCCCGAUCAUAAGACAGGUGAUGAUCGUGAGAGGACUGUUCCGAGAAGCCCUGUGGGAGAGGAAGGCGGUAACUGUUGCAGCCGCCGAUCCCGUGGCGACCCAACCCUCCGUUCCAGAUGGCGACGCGGGAAUUGAAGUUACUGUGGCUUGUCAGUCUUUCCGUCUUCGGCACAGUGGCGAUAGGGGUGUGUAGGUCUUCGUAGAACUUGUCUUUCACGUCGUCGGAGCUGGUCAUUGGAGAGAAUGGGCACUAACUGAUAUGGAGAGUGUGUUUCCACUAAGAGUCAGACGUAGGUUCGAGGUGAUCGUUGAUCCUCUGCAGCAGACAGGACAGCCCUCUCAGUAUGUCGGUCCGGAUGGCAAUAGCGACACCAGCCUUUGGACGUCGGCUCCGGAAGAAGGUAUAGAAAGCAGCCACCUGUAGUUGUCUUUGUUCAAAGAAGCGAAUUCCACUGAGGACUGCGAUAUUCACUUUGUAACUUGCCAGUUUACAGGCGACCAGAGUUGUCUUCCGCUUCGGUCGUUUUCCUGUCCGACUUUUUGGAAGAGAGCGAGCAUUUCAGUUUACUAUUAAACAGUGCCAUCUUGCGAGCCCACGAGUGGCACACAGAUGGUGAUCUGGUGGUUUUUAUCUUGUACAAUGUUUCAGCCGCAUUUAUUGCUUGCUAUCUGUGCGUUUUUCUAACUUUCAUAUGGGACGCUUUUUCUAUCUUCCUUGCGAGGAGGGCUACCCAUACGUAGGGCUGCUUAGUUGCGGUGGGCUGCUUAGUUGCGGUGGGGAGAUGACCUGAAUUAACCUAGGCCGAUUACGGGAUUGUGUGCCGCCAGUAUACAUUUUUUGCGGCGUGUUAAAUGCACGCUCUAGAUAGGAAUCUCUUUCCACCUUCAUACCUGUGACCAGUAUCUGUUCCUAACCCCGUAUAGUCGAGUCCAUUUUCUGUGACUAUUUGGCAGUCUGUCUCAGCCUUGCGAUUUUCGAAUUGCCACUUAAUUUCUUCAAAUUCCUACUGCUUCAGUCUCCACGACCGUCAUAUGGCCUCAAUGCAGGAUGUCCCGCCGAAAACUGACAAGUCCAAGAAGCUCAGCCGAAAGCGCUAG